UUCGUCGGGUCACAGGAAGCAGAACGGAACGCGGAGGCGAUACAGGGGCGGGGAGUGGAGGAUCCGUGGACGCCUGAGAGCCACUACCGCUGGCUGCGGUCCCGCUACAACGGCUACCUCUCUGCCUCCGUGCGCUCCCUUUACGGCGUCGGCCCCUCCCGUUUCUUCUCCCAAGACUCGGGGUUGCAGGAGGAGGAGCAGCUGCAGGCAGAGAGGGAGCGCAUUGAUGCGAGGGGCAGGGAGGUGCAGGAGAGGGUGCGUGCCGUGCGGCUGGAGCAGCGCGCUCUUGAGGCCGAGGCCACACAGUGCGAGAGACAGCGGGAUGAGAUUGUGAACGAGUACCACAGGCAGAUGAAGCAACGCACCGACCUGCAGAGAGACAUUC